ACAUAUUCUUCUGCUUCAGCUUUUCCCUUCAGGGGUCACUAUAGCAGAUCACCCGUCUACGUUUAGUCCUGUUCUCUGCAGCCCUUUUCCCUUACACCAACUAUCACCACAUCCAGACAUUUUCUGUCCCAAGUUCAAAGCUGCGUUGCCAACAGCCAAUGAGAAACAGAGACUGAGACACAACAGGAAGUAGAAGACAUCUUCCUUUGCAACUUUACAAUGCAUUGUUGUAUGGGCAGAUAUAUGUUACAAUUUUGAUCAAUAUAUUCAGACAAAAGUUCCAUUGGUGUUAUGUUCAAUAUGCACAUUUUAUAUGAUCUAAGAAAGGCCCUUCAAUAUAUUUCUUGUAUUUUAGUCUAUAUUAAGUUGUUUAUAACUUAGUAACAUUCUUAAAUUCAACAGAUUGUCUUGUCUCAAAGUCCAUUUGUUAAAUGUGUGGUGCUCAGUAUUUCAACCAUGGUCCAAAAGUCUGUGGAAUUCAGCCUGUUAGUUUGAACUUGAGCUCUUUUUGAAAUCCACAAACACCAUCAAAGUUGUGUAGUUUUCCCUUGCAGCCUCGUUUUGCUGACUGGGCAAAACGAGGCUGCUUAAACAUUGAAGAUUAGUAAAAACAUUGAAGCCCUUUUUAUUUUCCCAGGCUUUCACAUCUUAUACUUGUUUUAUUCUUUCUAUAAUUUAAGUUCAAUUUGUUUUUAUUGUAGAGUGCUUUGUGAUUUUAUGUCUGAAAAUCCCUUUUGUGAAUAAACUUUACUUGAUUGUGUCUGGUAUGCCCUCCUUCAAAUUUUCUCCUGUAUUUCAGAGGUCUGAAAUUCUUUUACCAUUCUGAUUUUGCUUUAGAUAAAAUAGUUUUUCUACUGUCACAAAAAAGUGACUCCUCCUUUUAGGCAGUGUGAGGCUUCUGAGCUGCUUUCACUGCAGCCCAAUGAAACUAGUUUUUAAGUAGAGCAGUGCAGUCAGGUUAUGUCUAAUUGUUCAUGUAAUAACUAAAGAAACACAACAUUCUUACUAUUAGUUUAAGUCCAUAGUAUAAAAAGUAUCCAUGCUCCAACUUUUCCUCAAAUUUUUGCUUCUUUUCAUGUGAUGGUAUUUGUCUUCCUCAGUUCUACUUGCUGUAUAUCAGCACAGUUUGCUUUAUCAUCUCACUGAUUGUGGUACUAAACACACAGUUUCCAUCUUUCUCUCCAGUCCACUUCCUGCAGUAAUCUGCAGUCUGGACCUCUUGAGCUAUCUGACACUUGCUGAUCUCUUUGUCCUAAAGAACAACACGGUGCUCUCUUCAGUAAUCAUGUUUUAAAUGUGCUGCUAGCAGACUUUCUGAUAUAGACCUGAUAAUGACCAUGUUGUCUCUUGGGUGUGUCCCUGUCAGCAAGUGCAGUAGAGUAGAAAUAAGCAUUGAUGGACGGAGGAAAAGACUACAGGACAUUAUUCGGGGUUCCAUAUGUACAGUCAGGACUCUGUAUUCAGACUCGGUGCUGUUCCCAGAGGACAUGAGUGCUUGUGAGAUACCACUGUGUGGUCCUCUGUCAGACGCCUGAUGUUUUACACCAUGACAGUUACCUCAGUCCUGUCUGGCCUUCUGUUGCUUUUGAUGUUACCAGUAUAUGGUCAGCUAGUGGGAGCAAAGAAGUUACAAGAGGCUGAAGAGCAAAGUUCCCGCCUGCGGGGCCUCUGGAAGCUCCACGUUGGGGCAUCCAGGCUGAAAGGAAAAGGAUCGAGCUCCAGCCCAGUCAACGAAGUGGCCAAGCAACUUCUUCUCUACUGCCGGGCUGGAAUUGGCUACCACCUUCAGAUCUUGCCCAAUGGCUCAGUGGGAGGAGUCCAUAGACCUACUCCAUACUGUUGGCUGAAGAUGUUUGCUGUGAGGCGUGGAGUGGUAGGAAUCAGAGGGCUGAAGAGUGGCUUGUACCUGUGUAUGAGUGGGCAAGGACUGACAUAUGGAGAGGAGCAGUUUUCUGACAACUGUCUGUUCAAGGAAAGCGUAGAAGAAAAUCACUACACCACCUACUCUUCUCUGUCCCACCCGGGCAACUACCUGGCAAUUUCCCACAGAGGACAGCUGAGGAGGGGCAGCAGUGUGGGCCCAAAUCAGUCCUGUGCUCAUUUCUUACCAAGGAGAAUAUGAUGUCUGUCCAUUAGAUGUCCCAUGCUCCUGAACAUAUGACAAAGUUGAUACUUGUUAUUGAAUAGCGUCCCUGGAUUAUUAAAUAAGCUAUAUUCUACACACCACCCUCCUCUCAAGCAACUCCACUGACUCCCCAUCCACUUCUGCAAUGAAUUUUAAAUCUUUUUGUUAACAUUCAAUGCCAUCCUUAUGUUACUCGUCUCUUUCACAUUUAAACACCGUCUCACACCCUUCAUUCUUCUUUUGUCUCACUUCUCUGUACGCCACAAGCCCAACCGUCCACUAUGGGGCUCGGUUCUACUGACCAACUGUAAA